CGUGAACGGACGUGUCUUUCAUUGCACAGUGCGCACGAACUUUACGUUACGUCACUCGAUAUAGCCCGAGGGUCGGAUUCCGUAGCUCGUUUAUAUUGAGUGUCCUCUCGGGGGUGGUAUAUUGGUUCAGUGAGGUUCGAUGAUUUUGGUGAGAUGGUGCGGCGGCGGGAAGCCAGGCGUGCUUCUUUCACGCACCUGUGCACCGCUUUAUUGUGGCUGCUCACCUGUUUCAACGAAUUAAACGCAGUGAAGAUAGUGAAAUUAGUAGUGCCAGAAAUUAUACAAUACGGUGUACAAGACGCUGUGAUCUUAGACUGUGAUUACACGUACGGGAACGACACGUCCGGGCUAGUGGUGAAGUGGUUCUUUAGGAACAAAGCGAGGCCGGUGUACCAAUGGAUUGUGUCGCAGAAGCCGCAGGAUAUGGGCAUAUUGAGGGGUCGAGUCGAUUUAACGUACAGAGCAUCGAACGACCCAUUAAAAAUGCACAGAGCACUCCGCAUAGUGAAACCGAACACAGACAUUUCUGGUGAUUACACUUGUGUUGUGUCCACUUUCAUGGAGGAAGACUCGAGGACCAAGCAAAUGGUUGUUUUUGUGCCGGAGACAAACUUCCGCCUCAUCCAGAACAAGACUGACGACGAUACUGUCAACGUCAUAUGCGCUGCGGACGGUGCCUUUCCGGCACCCAACCUCACGCUCGCUACGCCAGAGAGACGGCUGGAUGGCGUAUCCCAUGACCUGAAGCUGGUGAAUGGCAGAUAUUCGACAGUGGCGUCUGUGACAUUACUCGACGCGGACCUGCCUUCCCCAGCUGAGUUCAUCUGUACUCUUCGAAUACCAUUAGCAAAAUAUGCUGUAAGAAAAGAAGCCAUUUAUUACCCAGGGCCAAUAAGUACUACUCCAGAGAUGCCGACGGCUGCUGACAUGCAACUGGCUGCGGCCGUAGGCUCAAAAGGAGCGAGUACGUACACAGCGAUGACGUUGGUGCUGCUGCCUGCAUUGGCGCAGUCGAUACUUUCUGUUAAGUGAACCGUCACUCAGGUAGCAUGUAUAACAUCGAACGCACUGAGUGAUGUAGCAAGUGGCACCGCAGCUGUUCUAGUCAUAACGCCCAAAGCUCGCACCAUCCCUCACUCCAUAACGGUGACAGCUAGUGAUCUAACACUAACGCCCGGAACACACAGCCGCGAUAGCGAGUCGAAAUC